GUGAACCAUUUCCGAAAUGUGACAAAACUUUUUUUUUUUUAAAUUUUUUGUUUCAGUUUUCUUCCUGACUAUUUUCUUCACUGUUGCUAGCUAACGUCAUAUACCAGAAGUUUUCUUAACUUGCAAUACUCGGUCGUACGUAUAUUUGAUCGCACCCUACGUAUUAUAGCAGAAGCAUUUAUACAAAAAAAAAAAACGAUAACAACAAAAAGCUUAAUUUUCAAAUUCGCUUGAAAGUGCAAUAAUCUCAUUAUCAAUAGAACACAGAAGUAAUUGCAAAAGAAAAAAAAAAAAGAAACAAAAUAAAUAAAUAAAAAUAAAAAGAGAAAAACAAUAAAGUGUAAAAAUAUCGUAAAAAUGAUUAAAAAUGGAAAUAAUUUAAAUAAAUUUUAAUAGUUGUGGAAACAGUUGUUAAUCAACUUUAAUUUAGAGCGCGCCGCACUACACAAUGAAUUUAGCCAUAAAAGGGGAAAACUAUUGUAAUAAAAUAAAAAAAAAAAAAGGAAAAGGCAAUAAUAAUGAUUAAUCAAAAUGUAUAAAAAUAUCCAUAGAAAUGAAUAUUAAAACUAAUUAAGGGGAAAAACGAAAAAGAUUUUACUUUUCUGCUAUCAUUCAUCAAACGAAUUUAAAUAUAUGUUCAUUCUUUUUUGUUUUAAUGUUAAAUAUUUCACGUUCUGUAUGAAAAAUAAACUUUUUCAUAUUAAAGGAUUAUUGUUGCAUUUAACUGCUUUCGAUAAUCAUAUAUUAAAUAACGGUUGCUUUUGUAACCAAUUAAUCGUUUAACUGACUUUUAUAAAACGCUUUAUAUAAACGAAAUCCUUUAUAAAAGACUGAAGCACGGUAUACAUGCACGCACAACAAUCGAACAAUCUGCGGUAAUGUGUUAUAGCAUCAUCCACUCCGUGUAUACUUAUUGUUAAGAUCUCGAAAUCUUAGUGAGAAAAAACGUCGUGAUCAGUUCAAUUCCUUGGUAAAUGAUUUAAGUGCUUUGAUAUCGACCUCAAACCGUAAAAUGGACAAAUCGACCGUUUUAAAGUCUACCAUAGCAUUUCUGAAACAUCAUAACGAAGCUACUGAUCGUUCGAAAGUUUUUGAAAUACAAACGGAUUGGAAACCGUCGUUUUUAAGCAACGAUGAGUUUACUCAAUUAAUGCUCGAAUCAUUGGAUGGUUUCAUCAUAGUUUUCAGUAGUCGCGGUGCUAUAUUUUAUGCCUCUGACAGUAUAACUGCUCAAUUGGGUUAUUUACCGAAUGAUCUCUUGAAAAUGACGAUAUUCGAUUUGGCCUAUGAAAUGGAUCAUGAGAAUUUAUUUAAUAUAUUUUUACAUCCGAAACCUGUUAUAGAAUCUAUGCAGACUGACAUUAGUUCAAGGAAUCAAAUAAGUUUUUUUGUACAUCUAAAGCGUGGUGGCGUAGAGGAAAGUGAUACUAAUUCUUAUGAGCUAGUGAAAUUUGUAGGUUAUUUCAGAAGCGAUGCGAACGUGGACACUGUUGCCAUUCAAAAUACUCAAAACUCACUACCGCGUAUAUUUCAAUUGCGUUCCACUAUCGAAAUUGAUAAGAAAUUGAUAUUUGUUGGCACUGGGCGCUUACAAAUGCCUCAGCUAAUUAGAGAGAUCACAAUGAUAGAUCCGACACGGAACGAGUUCACUUCGAAGCACAGUAUGGAAUGGAAAUUUCUUUUUCUCGAUCAUCGAGCACCGCCUAUUAUUGGCUAUAUGCCUUUCGAAGUUUUGGGGACAUCAGGUUACGAUUACUAUCAUUUCGAUGAUCUUGAUAAUAUAGUUACGUGUCAUGAAGAAUUAAUGCAAACCGGUAAAGCGAAAUCGGGCUAUUAUCGUUUUUUGACUAAGGGACAACAAUGGAUUUGGUUACAAACUGAUUUUUAUGUUUCGUAUAAUCAGUUUAAUGCCAAACCAGAAUAUGUGGUCUGCACUCAUAAAGUUGUCAACUACAUGGACAUCUUAAAAUACCGCAAAACUGAUGCAAAAAACCAUUCCAUCAAUAAGGCGACGCUGCGGGAAUCUGGUAAAUCGUCCACAGCUACUUUGCGAGAUCUUGAACCGUCGAAUACAAAUGUGGAAACCGCGACACUUACAGCUACCGGUACUGCAAGCUUGUGUAGUGGCGCCAAUGUAAUAAGUGGUAUUCUCAGCAGUGCGGUAUCGCCAAGCCUAGAAACUACAGCGUUGUGGACGAAUUCAUCAACACCGACGGGCAUUGGUGCCGUUAGUUGUCAAAUUAAUCCUAUGAAAACCUCAAGACCUGCCUCAAGCUAUGGUAACAUUAGUUCCACUGGCAUUUCACCGAAUGUCAAGCGAAAACGUUAUUUUUAUAAUAAUCGAGGAAAUGAAUCCGAUUCUACAUCCAUAUCAGCUGACUCAGGCACCAGUCGCCAUUCAUUGAUAACGAAUUUGAGUUCGAGUCGACAAAGGCAUAAUUCGACUGGGGUGGUACAAUCUUCGCUGCAUACUUCAAACAGCCAAACACAGAACUCUCAACUUUCGUCUAGCCUUCAUCAACACCAGCAACACCAUCACCCUCAUCAUCACCAUCAUCAUCAUCAUCCAAGUCAUCAUACACAAACAUCGUCGCAACAACAUAGUUUACAGAUGAAUGUUAACAACCAUGGUGGGCAGCAACAAAAGCUUUUGCCUAUGCUUUCACAACAUGCUAUUGGACAUACCUCCACUAGCAUGGUAGGCAACAGUUCAUGUCAAUUUCCACAGCCUGCUUUUCCUCUACGUAAUCCCCAAAUAAUGGGUCCGACUUUCCUCGAACCGCCGCAGUAUCUGACCGCAAUACCCGUUCAAUCAGUAAUUGCACCUUUUCCGGUAGCACCCGUUUUAUCUCCAAUGCCGAACCAGACAGAUAUGUUACCAGGCGCUGUAGUAAUGACACCCACACAGACGCAAUUGCAAGAACAGCUGCAGCGUAAGCACGAUGAACUGCAGAAAAUUAUUAUGCAACAACAAGAUGAAUUGCGUAUGGUGUCGGAGCAAUUGCUGUUGGCACGCUACACUCUAUUACAGCCGAUGAUGCCGAUGAAUUACAAUUCUACAACUGGCGUUGUGAGCAGUGGAGCUCGUAAUUAUAAUUUUAACAAUAACUCUGUGGAAUCACAAUUCAAUCAAUAUGGAUUUACUUUGAAUUCGGAACAAAUGCAAAACCAACAAGAUCAACAAAUGCUCAUACAACAACAACAACAACAAAAUCUGCAGCAACAACAACAACAACAACAACAACAGCAGCAGCAACAACAAAUACAGCAACAAAGUCAACAGCAACAGCAACAGCCACAACUUAACUCAACUGCAAGUGCACCUAUCACGCAACCUGCAGCAAACACUGCAACAAUGCAAUCAAAUCAACAGCAACAACCACAACAAGAGCAACCUCAAUCACAACAACAGCCAGAUCCGCAACAUUUGCUAUUAGCACGGACUGUACCUGAUUUAGAUCAAUUCGCUCAAGAAGAAUUCGAUGCUUUUCUCAAUCUCUCACCUUUGCAAAGUAUUGCUGGCUCGCAAACGGGUUUAAAUCAUAUGGAUAGCGGUGUGCCCACCAUAAAUAACGCGGCUAAUGUAACGAGUACAACACAUGCAAAUUCUUCCAGUACAACAGUCAAUCAUAAUAGUCACACCAGUGCCAACGCAUUUCCCACCAAUUCCAGUACUAAUGCUAAUCAUCACCAUACCAGCGAAGACUCGUUAUUAACAUAUAUGCAAAUGGCUACCGAGUCAAGUCCCACACUAAACUUUGCAAUUGGUAUCAGCGAUGAGGGCUCCGAGAGUCAUAGUGAAGAUGCUAAAUUGCUACAGACGGCUGUGCAUCACUUACCAACCACUCAAACCUCACAAAUUUCCCAACCAACACAACCCGUUGCGCAACCGCAGAAUAGAACAUCGUUUUUCGCAAACCAUACAUAUCCAAGUCUCAACAAUCAGACGUCCAAUCUUCCUACAACCAAUAAUUCGACAGCUCAAACAGCCGGUACGGCCAAUCCAAACACUAACACUACCAGUCAUUUACCCAACGAUUUAGAGAUUUUACCAUAUCAGAUGUCUCAGGAGCAAUCGCAAGCACUUUUCAAUAGCACUCAUGCAAACGGCGUUAGCCAAGAAACCAAUUCGAUCGUUUAAGUCCAAAAUAAAUGGCGCUAUGGCUCAUCUAUUCGUAAGUUGGUCUUCUUAAUUUAUAUGUAACUGUAAAUAGUUUUUUUUUUUUUUGUACAUUUCUUUUUGCCACAUAACAUAUUAUUAAUGCUAAAAAGUGAUACAUUGUUUUAUUAUAUUUUUUUAUUUCUACUUUUUUUUUUUUUUUUUUUUUUAGUUUAAUGCCAUUAGUAUCUGUGUAUAGUUAAAUUUUAUACGUACGUGGUUAUGCACACCAAUCGUUUCGAUCAUUUGCUUGUAACAAUAUUUAUAUACACCACUGGAAGUAUAAUAAAGAAGUUUCACCCUAACGCAUUCGAAUAGCAGCACUGACGAUUCCGUAAAAGUACCAAACUUUAACAUGCAAUGUAUACGAUGAAUGUUAUAGGAUCGUCACGGUUCAUGCGAAUUCCUAUAGUUCAUUCAUCUAGAACUUGAUAUCGUAAAUUUUAAAACUUUUACAUAUAUCUGAACUACAUCUAAAGUCAAACAUGCAAAUUUACUUUUAUAAAUAAAAGAAAUAUACCUACGCUUACUCGCUUAUGGGGCAAGCAAUAGCAAAAUGCGAUGAUUUUAAAUUUCCUUCUGAGAGAGAGAAUGCAAGUCUACAAUAUUCUCGCAAUCUUUUUGGUUAACAAUUUGUUGUUUUCUUUGGCCGAACGUAUAGAAAGAAAUGUAAACAUCUAUUAUUCUUGAUAUCUGUAUUGGAAGAAAGCAAAUUCGUGCGGAAAUCUUUUAAAAACUGCUUGUACGUAAUACUCAACACCGAAAUAUGAUAGACGAACUGAAAGAGAUUAAGCGAUGCAAUUGAAAGACAUUUUGUUGCAAGAGACCUAUUUGUUAGCAGACUAUGAAAAUGACAGAUCGAUGAGAAAAUUUAUCCUAUCACUAGCUAGGUGUAGUUUUAAAAUUUGUUUAAUUCGAUGAUCGUUUUUUAUUAUAAUACCCUAUGAGGAAUUACAUAAGGAUGUUCAAUGCCUUAACUGUGCAAUAUUUCAUUUCAUGUCAUCCGCAGAAAAUGAAAGCGUUGAGUCUAAUCGAAAACCACUUCGAAACGGCAAAAAAUUUAUAGCUUGAAACUUUAGGGCAUACAAUUUUUAGCUCAAGCUUACCUCAUAAAGCGUACGAGAUUUUAAUGCGUUUGUACAAUGGCUUUUAUAAAUAAAAGGGUAAAUAACUGAAAUGUAAGAAAGUAAGUUGGCUAUAAUAGACCAUAAAUAAAGCAUUUAAUAAA